AUGGCGGAGGCCAUAGGUGCAGCUGCCGCUGUUCUGCAGUUUUUAGAUGUAGCUCUCCGCCUUAAAUCUUGUCUUGACCGCUUCUGCUCAGAUGUGCGCAACGUGCCGCGUCGUUUCCUCCAACUUCAGGCCGACCUGCGCCAGCAGAGCGAUCUCGCUAAACAUAUACAGACACAGCUUCCACCUCAAGCAGUAGCUUCUUCAACACCCAAUGGCCCGCUUCCCGAUUAUAUCGCCAUUGCCAAUGAGCUAUGCACAACGCUUGAGACACUAAUUCCGAAACAAAACGAUGUACCCCUCAAACGACGCUGGAGCAGCAUCUGUUCUGCCAAGAAGAAGGAUGAAGUGAAAAGCAUUUGCGUUCGACUCGAACAAAAGAAAAGUACCAUUUUAAUGUGGUUGAGUGCGGAGAACCUGAAGCUCACCUCGAACAUCGCCGGGACCGCGGGCCAGAUGAAGAUCAACAUCGAAGAAACUUUGACACUCACAAAGAUGGUCAAUAACAGUUCAGCCAAGACCGUCACGGAUGUGGGACAACCGCUCCAAAAUGUGGAACAAUUAGGCCAGACCACGGCGACGUGGUUCCAAGGAGCCGAUCGGCACCUAGGAGACUUGUCUCAGCAAUUCAAUACUCAGUCUACAAACAUUCCUAAUAGGCUUGAGGCUCUCAUGUUGCAAGCGGAAUCAAAUACACAGAUGUCGGCGAUGACGGUUUCAAACACUCGGCAAAUCUGUCAGGAUAUGCAGACAGGCAGCCUCAACAAGGCGCCGCAUGGUAUUCUCGUAUACGCAAGCCAUGCAACUGUCGCAGCUUUAGCAGCGCGCGUCACUGGGAGCCUCUUCCUUUCUUUAGGAUCACGCAAACUUUCCGUGCACAACACUUCUCAUACUGUCCGCGCUACAAAAGCUCAAAACAAAGUCUAG